AUGCAGGACCCUUUAACGACAAUUGAUACCGAACAGCAAGCCGCAGAGCCGUUAGGUUCGAACCCAUUGCUUGAAUCGGAUAGCUAUAGUCGCUCCCAGUCAUCAUUGUCCGAGAAUGAUGACCUUCCAAGUUCAUUCUCUGCUCGUCUUAGACAGGCAGGUGGCGUAAAUAGCAUCGACAAUUUUGCAAGAUCAUGGCAAAGAGCAGCAUAUUUUCCUGAAAUCCUUCUACGGCGACACUCGUUCACGGCAACCGGGUCAGAUGAUGAAUGGGCUACUAUACAGAGUGAAGAGGCUGAAUCGCAAGGUUCCCAACCAUUUAGUCAAUAUGGUCCUACGCGCCCGCUUCUUCAUUCUGACGUGGAAGAGGGAGAUGAAAACUUGGGUCGUCCUGGCUUGGGGAGAGGUAUUCCAGGCGCUGGAAUUACCGGAACGUCUAUGGAUAGAAGCUUUGGAACUUCAUACGGGACCAUCUCUUCGCGAGUCAGUGAUGCGACUCGGAGACAUGCAAUCCAGUUUCACAGAGAGCAACAAGCACAGGCAGCUACACCCGAUGAUAAUGAACGAGACCAGCUACUCGUCAAGCAAGUACAACACGAAGACGGGAUUAGGGAGAAUCUCGUCGUCGGCCAAUCGACUGUACCGCAAACCAUUUUCAAUUCGGUUAAUGUCUUGAUAGGUGUCGGUUUAUUGAGUCUGCCUCUGGCGAUGAAGCAGGCUGGAUGGCUCCUGGGAUUGUUGUUCCUCACUUUUGCUGCAGUGACUACAUCCUAUACUGCUAAAAUCCUCGCUAAAUGUCUAGAUGUGGAUCGGAGUCUCGUCACGUAUGCCGAUUUGGCAUACAUCAGUUUCGGACAUCGUGCACGGUUGGUGAUUAGUCUUUUGUUCUGCUUAGAACUCAUAGGGGCUUGUGUUGCCUUGAUAGUGCUUUUUGCGGACAGCCUUCAUGUCCUACUACCGGAGCUUAGCAUUCUUCAAUGGAAGAUUAUAUGUGGAUUUAUGCUUCUUCCGCUCAAUUUUGUACCUUUACGGCUCCUGAGCGUGACGAGUAUCCUGGGCAUAUUGUCUUGCACGUCAAUCGUGAUCAUAAUCUUCAUCGAUGGCUUGAUCAAACCGGACGCUCCGGGUUCGCUUCGUCAACCUGCCAGAACGACCUUGUUCCCUGACAAUUGGGCUACUAUUCCUCUAAGCUUUGGUUUGAUCAUGUCACCCUGGGGUGGGCAUGGAGUCUUCCCUAAUAUAUACAGGGAUAUGAGACACCCCCGGAAGUAUGGCAAAAGCCUCUGGGUAACCUACAUAUUUACGUACUCUCUUGAUUGCGCAAUGGCAGUUGUGGGUUGGAUGAUGUUUGGGGGUGCAAUCUUGGAUGAGGUCACGGCCAAUGUGCUCAUGAUAGAUCAAUAUCCACGAGCCCUCUCCCUUUGCAUCAUAGUGUUCAUUGCAAUCAUUCCAAUCACCAAAGUGCCUUUGAACUGCCGGCCUCUGGUUGCAACGGUCGAAGUGCUGUGCGGGCUCGGGCUACGCCCUGGUAUGAAUUCAGAUGACCAGAAGGGGCUGCAAGGAAUUGUCCGCCGGUUUUCAACAGGUAUAAUUCGUAUACUCGUUGUGGUUGUUAUUGUGCUCAUGGCAAUCGUCUUUCCCUCUUUUGAUCGAAUCAUGGCACUAAUGGGGUCCGCUUUGUGCUUCACGAUUUGCAUCAUAUUGCCCCUCGCGUUCUAUCUGAAGAUCUUUGGGAGAGAAAUGAGUUCUAGUGAACGCACUUUGGACUGGAUUCUUCUCAUCAUAUCCUCGAUUCUAGCCACUGUCGGGACCGUUUGGGCGUUUUUACCGCAAGAGCUUAUUACUGCGAAAUAA